UUUUUUUUUGUUUUAUUCCUCUCAUUCCAAUCAUAGCAAUAUCAAUUUUUAAUAUACAUCAUGACUGCGGCUGUAUCUCAUACCAACCAUACCAAGACUGUAGUUGACGCAGCAAACAACAACAAAUUGGAUAGCACAGCAGCUAACAUUGCAUCUCAAGAUGUCGGACUUCUCUUUGUUAGGGAAUACUAUACCUUUUUGAACAAGAAACCUCUCCGUUUGCAUGCUUUUUACAACAAGGAUUCCUUUUUUGUACGAGGUGAUGAAGGUGAAACUGUCCAAACUUAUCAAGGACAAGAUGAAAUUCGCAAAAAGAUUGAAGAAUUGAACUUUGAAGAUUGUAAGGUAUUGGUGACUCAAGUAGAUAGUCAAGCCUCAGCCAACAAUGGGAUUAUUAUUCAAGUAUUGGGUGAAAUGUGUGUAAUGGAUGGUCCUUCUCAAAAGUUCAGUCAAACUUUCUUUUUGGCUCCUCAACCUAAUGGUUACUAUGUGUUGAACGACAUUUUCCGAUUUUUGAAGGACGAAGUGGAUAUUGAUUAUUAUACUUGUGAAGAUGAUCAACAACAACAGACCAAGAAGGAUGAAGUCAUUGUUGAACAACAAGCUGUGGCUGAAGAUGGAAAGCAACAACCCUCUGAACCUGUGAAGGAACCUGUACGACAAGUAGAACAAACUACGGUGCCUGUGGUGGAAGAAUCCGUCAAAGCUACUUCUCCUGUUGAAUCCAAGCCUGAAGAAAAGAAGAAAAAGCAAACCAAGGAAGAUGCCAAGACAAUGACAAAUGGUGUUACUGAUGUUAAGAAGACUGAAAAGCCAAAGCAAUCUCAACCCAGCAAGACAACUGAAAAGCCUGCUACUCCUACCUCUACUGCUGCUUCUCCUGCUCCUCCUGCUCCUGCUGCUCCUAGAUCCUGGGCCAACCUUGCUGCUAAUGAUCCUUCAAAAUGGGGUGCUCAAGUCUCAGAAGCCAAAGGUUCUGUAGCUGCUAAUGCUCCUGCUGCUACUCAACAAACUACCAAAGAGACAUCUCAACAAACUACUAAAGAAUCAACUGGAUCUCAGCAACAAACCGCUCAAAGCAACAAAGAUCGCAAAGAGGAAGCAACUAGUAUCUUUGUCAAGAAUGUGACCCAUGGGUUGACUGAAGCUCAAUUAUCUGAAGCAUUUUCUAAAUUUGGUACGGUGAAAAGCUUGAAUAUUGUGGCUAGUCGUCAAUGCGCGUUUUUGGACUUUACUACACCUGAAGCCUGUCAAAAAGCACUUGGUCAACACAAGGUGAAUGUUGGUACAUCGAUAGUACUUGCAGAGGAACGACGACGUUAUGGAAGUGGUGGUAUGAAUCGUCAACAACAACAAAAUGGAACAGGUGGCAAUUAUGAACGGCGUCAUCAAAGCAAUUAUCGAAGAUCUGGUAAUACCAAUACUAAUAGCAACACCAAUACUGGUCGCACGACUGGCAAUACAGGCAAUACCAAUAAAUCUCGGCCUACUGGAAAUCCUCAAAAGUAAAUCAAUUUCUUGGAUCUUUUUAUCUAGUGGAUAGUUUUUUUUUUCUAUUCCUUUUAGUAUAUACAUCAUCAUGAUCUCCCCCCCAUCCCAAUCCUUUUUUUUUUUUUUAUUAUCUUAUCCCAUCUUUUGUCCCUUCUUUGUAUCCAAUUCAUUUAUUCCAAUACAUAUUACAAAAUGUUAUUGUACACACAUCAUUUUUUAUACUUUGUUUUUUUUUUUGUUUGUUUUUUUUUCUGAUUUUGC